CCAGACCGGUUGGACACCUACUUUAGCAGGCUAACUCUGCCUGAAUACUGUCUCUUCAAUACGCUUCAUUCUGCAAAUCUCUAGUCUGCUGUGUGUAUAUAUAUAUAUACAUGUUGUACCAUGGGCUAGUAUGGAAGUGACAGACGUACCCGGGGACCCGAGAGCUGAUUUUACCGCCACAAAACUUUACCGCAGAAGGCGCAGACAGCACUGGGCGUCAGCUGGACCCGGGCUAUGUGCAAUAUGGUUGGGCGUGCUCGCAGCCAGUCUCUGUGUGUGUGCAAUAUUCGCCGAACACAGAGAGGGAUCAAGAGCCUCAAACAAAGGUAACAGGGUGAAACUUCAGCGGUCAGAUGUUGUUUUCGGGACGAACUGUACUGUGCAACCUCCAAACGCCAUUCAUGAAUACCCUAAGGAUGUUUUCACGGAGCAGCAGCUGAAGAGCGGCGCCGUGAUUCUCCAUGUUUUGUGUUCCGUAUACAUGUUCCUGGGCACCGCCAUUGUCUGUGAGGACUACUUCAUGCCGUCACUUCUCAUCUUAGCAGAUUACUUGCACCUGAACCCUAGCGUGACUGGCGCCACUCUCAUCGCGUUCGGCAUGAGCAUGCCUGAACUGGUCACUUCUGCAGUAGGUAAGGCGGGUUACGUUACGUUACGUUACGUUACGCUACGUUGCUGUACCUAUAGAGAAAAUUGUCUUCUCCUACCCCCUGCAGGAGUGUUCAUGGGAGUGUUCGUGAGUAAGAACGACAUCGGUGUGGGGGUGAUGGCGGGAACUGCCGUGGCGAACAAACAAACAAACAAGCAAACAAACAAACAAACAAACCGUCCCUAUAGAGAAAAUUGUGUUCUCCUCCCCCUGCAGGAGUGUUCGUGA